UUUUUUUUGCCCCCGACGGCUGGAUCUUUCAUAGAGAUGCUGAGGGGAGUUCCUUUUGGCUGGCAGAGGGGGAUAGAAACGGGGGGGCGUUGAUUUAUGGUCUGAUUGAGCCCCGCUUUUAAUGCAGCUAAGGGUUAACCCCUUUGCUGCCAGACUAUUCUGACAGCCCGCCUAGCACCUCUGCCUCUCAUGGACCCUGCAACCCCUCCUCCGCCAGCUGGGGGUUGAGCCCCUUAAUCUGUUCUCUUCGUCCCUGAUUUUUCCCCCCAGAGCAACAGAUUUCAAGAUCUUCUCCUCCUGACCAGCAAGAACUGGGAUCUUGCAGCGAUGAUCCCUGCUAAAUGGUUGACUCACAGCUAGUACGGUAAUCUCAAGGGUUGUGGCCUGCGUGGAAGCUGCUAAGAACUUGAGUUGAGUCUCUCUGGAAAAUUAAGAUUUGUACUGAUUGGCUGCAGAGACAUUGUGCCAAUUCUGGAAGAAAGCAUGGAGUUUGCAGAGCUUAUCAAGACGCCUCGAGCUGAUAAUGUCAUCCUUCACCGUCCCUUUUAUCCAUUGGUGGAGGGGACACUCUGCUUGACGGGACAUCACCUGAUUUUCUCAUCGCGUCGGCAGGACAAUGUAGAGGAACUCUGGCUUCUUCAUUCCAACAUUGAUUCCAUUGAAAAGCGGUUUCUGGGCUCCUUGGGCUCCAUCGUUAUCAAAUGCAAAGACCUGCGGAUUAUUCAGCUUGACAUUCCCGGCAUGGAGGAGUCUCUGAACAUAGCUGGCUCCAUUGAGGCCCUGUCCACCUUAGAUUCCAUCACCCUGAUGUAUCCUUUCUUUUACCGACCCAUGUUUGAAGUCACUGAAGAUGGUUGGCACUCCUUUUUACCUGAGCAAGAAUUUGAGUUUCUCAGUUCAGUCACAAAUGAAUGGAGGUUGAGUUAUGUCAACAAAGACUUCUCUGUGUGUCCCUCUUACCCACCGAUUGUCACUGUCCCUAAAUCAAUUGAUGAUGAAACUCUUUGCAAAGUUGCCAUGUUUCGCCAUGGCGGACGUUUUCCAGUCCUCAGCUACUACCACAAGAAAAACGGGAUGGUGAUGAUGCGCAGCAGCCAGCCACUCACGGGCACUAACGCGAGGCGCUGCAAGGAGGACGAGAAGCUGAUCAAUGCCACCCUUCGGGCUGGCAAGCGUGGCUACAUCAUCGACACCCGUUCCUUGACCAUCGCCCAGCAAGCCCGGGCCAAAGGGGGAGGCUUUGAGCAGGAGGCCCAUUAUCCGCAAUGGAGGAGGAUUCACAAAUCCAUUGAGAGGUACAAUAUCCUUCAGGAAAGCCUCAUCAAGCUGGUGGAGGCCUGUAAUGACCAGUCGCAUAAUAUGGACCGCUGGCUGAGCAAACUGGAGGCGUCCAAUUGGUUGACCCACGUCAAGGAGAUUCUGACCACUGCCUGCUUGGCUGCUCAGUGCAUUGAUAGAGAGGGAGCAUCCGUCUUGGUUCAUGGGACUGAAGGAACCGACUCCACACUACAGGUGACUUCUCUGGCCCAGAUUAUUUUAGAUCCGAGAUGCAGGACCAUACAUGGCUUUGAAGCUCUGAUUGAGCGGGAAUGGCUGCAGGCUGGUCACCCAUUUCAGCUGCGCUGUGCCCAGUCGGCCUACUCGAAUAGCAAGCAGAAAUGGGAGGCCCCAGUCUUCCUGCUGUUCUUGGACUGCAUUUGGCAAAUUCUUCGUCAGUUUCCUUGUUCUUUUGAGUUCAACUAUCACUUCCUCAUCAUGCUCUUUGAACAUUCCUAUGCCUCCCAGUUUGGCACUUUCCUGGGCAGCAAUGAAAAUGAAAGGUGUAAACUCAAGCUGCCCCAGAAGACCAUGUCCUUGUGGUCCUGGGUGAAUCGGCCUGAAGAACUCAACCGGUUCAAGAACCCUCUCUUUGAGGCCAACAGUCUGGUCAUCUGGCCCUCGGUUGCACCACAGAGUCUUCAGCUCUGGGAAGGCGUCUUCCUUCGUUGGAACCGAUCCUCCAGAUUUCUGGAUGAAUCCUAUGAAGAAAUGAUCAAUAUCAUCAAAUAUAACAAGGAACUCCAAGUAAAAGUGAAUAUGCUGAGGAGGCAGCUGGCAGAGCUGGAGACAGAUGACAGCACACAGGACGAUGACAUGCUGGAGAGCCCCUGAUGUUGCACUGGGCUCACCGCCAAGUUGUCCCUGCUCAGCCAGUUGAGUUACACUACACUAAACACUCAACACAAGGCUUGCAUGCGCUCAAGCUCCUUUGUGGUGCAAUUGAUUUUGAACCCUUUUGUUUCUCAGUCCCUCUCUUGGCACUACAGUCAUUCGCACCCUAACGACAUUGUUUCUUUUGUGUUGUUCACAGUAGCAAAAGUCUCCCAACUGGAUUCUUCCAACUGUCCUCGUCUGGCAAAUUCUGCCACUGGUAGUAAAUUGUGUACAGUUUCGAGGUCAACACUGGCUCUUAAAAUGCUGUUGAACAUCAUCAAUGUGGUGGCCAAUAUAGGAGUUCCUUGGUUCUCUCCCCAUCCCCGCAACCUGCCUUUGUUUCCACGUUAGACAGUGUUCAUUAGUUUGUUCCUGAAAACCAGAAACAAAUAGGGGCUUCAUCAGGAUUGCACUUCAUCACUGCGAUUGCACUUGGUCCUGGAAAUGGGCAGAUUCUUCACUGUCCCCUCCUCUGUUGCACUUAAACAUUAUUAUAAGCUUGGCCCAGACUACAGUCUGAACACCUGGCUUUGAGUUAAUUCAGACACUCCUAGUAAAGCACAUAGCAGACCUCUCCCAGGUACCACUUCACACUGCGUUUUAGACACUUCUCAUAAGGGAGACCAGUAGAGCCGGGGAAUCUUGCAUGUUGAGAGCUAGCGUACAAAGCUGUCGUGAUUCCUUGCUGGCUCACGGCUUUUCCACCAGUAGGGAGUUUUUAUUAAGGAAGAAGCUUUCAGCCAUGUAAUCCUGCAGACAAGAAGUGUAUAAUCUCAGAAAGGUCUGUACCAGAUGUUUUUUUCCUCUGUACCUUUGAAUUGACUGUUGGCUGUGUGUGCUGGGAAAGACCAGUGAAGGCAGAAUUGCCCUGGAGAUGGACACUAAAACAAUUUGCUGGUCCAUCUGGAGUUACAUACAUUCUGCCCUGGACAGAUAAUUUGGAUUAAUCCAUGGAUGCAAGUAUUGAUGCAUCUGCUGCCAACAUUAUGAAAUGUAAGCAGUUUUGCUGCUGCUACUGAGACAAAGAAGUUGCUUUGCUAUGAAUGCAGAGCCUGGAAUGGGAAGUUUCUAAGGCAGGGGUGUGCAACUCUGGCCCUCCAGAUGCCCAUGGACUAUGAUUACCUAGCUGGCAGGGGCUGAUGGGAAUUGUAGUCCAUGGACAUCUGGAGGGCCAGAGCUGCACACCCCUGUUCUAAGGGAAGUUAAGAAUUUCAAUUGUACAUGUUUAACUUAAAGCCCACCAAGGCAGCCCACCUGCCUGUAUUAUGGUGCACGGGUUCACAGUUCCUUUCAGCCAUAGGAGUAAUAUCCCAAUCCUGCCAUUCCACAGUUCUUGUCUGGUGACUGACAUUAAUUUUGGUUCACUAGUUGAUGCAAGUCCAGCCAAAGGGCUCAUCUCCCUUCCCUUAUGCUAGAACUGUCACUUUCUUGUGAAACUAUCAAGGGAUCUCCAGGGGGGAUAGGAAACUUUUCCACAUCCCACCUUGUAAAUAAUCUUGUCGUUUAUUGCUAAUGGAGGCAUCAGUUUUGACGUGCUACUGUCGAAGGAUCUGCUGCUCAUGGUCUGACCUUUGCCCAAGUCAAGUUGAGGGUGAUCCUGCUUGGAAAGAGCUUUCUGUUUCUUUGUAAACGUGGUGCCAGUUUUUGAUUGUGGUUAAUUUGACUAAAGCACUGCCUUUUGUAAUGCAUGAGCAAAGACCUACCCAGACUUAGGAAAUAUUGAUUAAUGCUUCGUAUCGCUGUUUGAUUAAGGAAGCUUUUAGUGAAUCAAAGACUUUGGGAAGGUUGUGUUGGGGGGGAUGGGUUUUUUUUAAAGCUGCAGUCUUUACAAGUAAGAGGUCUUUUCCAUGUUCUGGUGACCGUUGUCUCUGAUUCUGUGGCUGCCGUCUGUGUUUCUCAGCAACUUCUGUACCACUUCAUAGUAGCCAUUUCCCUGGCAUUGGCCCACUUC